AUGUAUGGUACGUGCAAAGCAGAUGUUGAUAGGCAAUAUUUGAAGAGAUGUGACGGUGGGAGAGGCUUGAUAGGAGCUGAAGAAUGUGUGCAGGCAGAAGUAAAUAGUCUUGACAAGUACCUAAGUGCAUCAGAGGAAAAAAUGUUGAAAGAAGCUGGGGACGUUGGCUUCUUACUCAUUGAACAUUCGCAACUGCACCUCUGGUUCUGCCGCGAUGAGCCAGCUGUCCGCAGGCCACUUACCCCCCCCCCCCUCCUCGACCUCGUCACUGCUGAGGAACUCGACCUGUUCAUGAAAGCCUCGAGCAUUAACCUCGACACCUGUAUCGGGAUUCUGAAGAACGGCGCCAAGUGCAGGAUGGGAGCCAGGCUGUUCUUGAAACUGGCUAACAGUCUCUCUGACACCGGGUUCCAGUGCAAUACGUGCAGCCCAGAGCACCAGUCUCUUAUCGACAGAACCUUGGCUAAGGUCAGAGCCAGUCCUGACUGUCCAGCAUUAGCCACGGCCAUUUCUCACGCUAAUCUAUGUUAGGUUUCUCUGUGACAAUGGUACUGCGACAAAGGUAGAUUAAUUGUUAAUAAAUUUAUGUAUAUUAUGACAUGUGCGUGUUUGGUUUUUCGCUCUCCUCUGUAAGGGUAUCCUUACAUAAAAGACAAAAAAAAAAAAAAAAAAAAAAAAAAAAAAAAAA